GUACUGACCCUUCUCUUGAGCUGAACUCAGGCUGCAAGGAAGAGAGUGAGGAAAACAUGGGAGGCCCGUCGCUGCUUUUCGGCAUGCUGUGCUUCCUUGGUGUCAUGACCAUCGGAGCGAGCGCGGGGAAAGCGGCGUGCCACGAUCCGUUCUUCGGCCAGUGUUAUGGAAUCCUCCACACUUGUCCGGCCGCUUGUCCUAGACUCUGUGAAGUAGAUUGCAGACUUUGUAAACCUUACUGCGCUUGUGAUAGGCCAGGGGCUGUCUGCCAAGAUCCACGAUUCAUCGGAGGUGAUGGGGUCAUGUUCUACUUUCACGGCAAGAAGGACAAAGACUUCUGCUUGGUUUCUGAUCCUAGCAUUCACAUCAAUGCCCAUUUCAUUGGCAAGAGUAGCAGCAGGGGAAGGGACUUCACCUGGGUUGAGUCUGUCGGCAUCUUGUUUGGGUCCCAUAAGCUUUAUAUCGGGGCACGGCGAGUUUCAAAGUGGGAAGAGCUGGCGAACAAUAUGCUGAUCCGUUUUGAUGGAGAAGAAAUCAAGGUGCCGAUGGACGAGGGCCAAAGAUGGUGGUCACCGGAGACAGGACUGGAGAUCCGACGGCCCGUGACGAAUAACAAGGUGGAGGUCAAAAUGGAAGAUUUGUUCGCGAUAGUUGCUCGGGUAGUACCCAUUACAGCAGAGGAAUCUCGGGUGCACGGAUACAAUGUGACAAAGGACAACUGCUAUGCCCAUUUGGAGCUCAACUUCAAAUUCUACUCGCUGAGCCCGAGCGUCGAUGGAGUGCUUGGCCAGACCUACAAGACAAAUUACCAGAGUAGAGUCAAAAUAACAGCACCAAUGCCGAUUAUGGGAGGAGCGGACAGAUUUGCUGCUUCUGGUCUCUUCGCAAGGGAUUGCGCAGUUUCGAGCUUUGGGUCGGAAGUGAAACCUGAUUUAGCGGGCAAUGAAGAAUCAUUUGAGGUUGCAUGUGGAAGUGCACAUGGAGGGAGGGGAAUUGUAUGCAGAAGGUAA